AUGGACAUUACAACUCAUUUCUUUAAUGUCUUGAGCACACAUGAGGCUCUGACUGCUAAAUCGAAGGCUGCCUCAUCAAGCUACGGACUACAGCCUACCAAUAAUUCAUCGCACAUUCUGAGAAGGAAUCACCAUGUACUGCCAAAGGAUGAUUUCAGUAGAACGGCUAUAGACAUUCUACUGGACAUGGGCCAUUUACGUGACUUCUUACUUGCAUCACGAAGAUCCUAUCUAGGACUUCCACAGUCACAUGGUCUGGAACACUCGAUACGGGAAUCAAAUCAUGGUGCCUUCUUUACCAAGAAAUCACCAUUCCCUGCGACUACGCCAACCCAUCUGACUGAUAAAGGCCGAGAUGAGUUGGAAGGUGUUGCUCAUUCGUUUGUGUCGGCUUGUAUCAGGAGGAUUGAGUCGUUACAGAGACUUGCAGAGGUACUGCAUUCUAAAGAAAAGGGAUUACUGCAUACUAAUAACAGCAUUGGUCUGAAAGAACACCGUGACUCGAUAAUAUGGAUGUUACAGCAUCGACUAGCUCAAACCUCUCAAAUACUUAAAGCGAUGCAAGAGAAACGGGUUCAAACUGCUCUACAGAAACGUGAGGGUCUGCUAUUCCACACUUCCUCUUCAGAAUCUAAAUCCGCCGAUACACUAAAUGGCAAAUCACCACAUCCACAGCCAUCACCAUUACUAUCGAAUAGCACUCAUACGAAUGCUUUUGGAUUCUCGAUAUCUUCAGUCACGUCUGCUGCUGUGUCGUCGCUCUCAUUAGCAACGUCGAAAAUCAAUAAUAAUAGUGCUAGUACGGUUAAUAGUACUAGUACGCCACCUCAGUCACUGGAUUAUAUGGAUGGCAGUAAUAGUGAUCCAGCAGCGUCGAUGCCAGAAGAACAACGAAUGUUGUUAGAAGCUGAGAAUGAACGUGUGUUGGCUGAAUUGGAAGGGCAAACUGAUCAAGUCAGACUCGCUACACAAUCCCUCCGCGAAAUAUCCGAACUACAAAACAUGCUUGGUCGACACCUAGCUGUUCAACAAGAAACCAUAUCGACCAUACACUCGGAAGCUAUACAAGCUACUCAGGAUAUGCAGGACGCUAAUAAGGUGCUGGUGUCUGCUAAGAAGACGAUGGGCAGUGCUAGACUUUGGGUGAUUGUGUUUUUACUGAUGGCUUCCUUCUGUUUGUUGUUUCUGGAUUGGUUUUAUUCGUGA